AUGCCUCGAUCCUGUGUAUCAANUGAGAACAUAAAGAGCAGUGCUACACCCUUUUUUCACUUGUGCCCUUCAGGUGAACGACAGCCACUGACCGACAAGAAGAAAACCGACCCGGGAAGCUUGGGCAAAGGCUCGAUCCUAAUCUUCUAUCGGACCAGUGUCGUAUGCACGGCACAUUUGCACAAUUCCACCAUCAAUGGUCAGAAUGUUAUGUAUGUGUUUGAUCGCUCUUCAAAGCUGAAACAAAGAAUCCGGUCAACACAAUUGCCAAAUCCACAUUUGUAUGACUAUGUCCGUGAAGAGAUUGCAUCCAGGUUGGCUGACCGAGUCUGUGAUAUAUCUAGGAAGUUUGCCGUCGCUGUGGAUUUGGGCUGUGGACGUGGCCAUCUAUCCAAAUAUCUAACCACAGACUCAACGGAUUUGUUGUUUCAGUGCGACAGUUCGAUCGAUGUUUUGAAUCAAUGCUCCCAGUCAACAGAUGUUCCAACAGGCAACAUCACAUCAGAUGAAGAAGCGCUUCCAUUUCGAAAUGAUUCGCUUGAUCUAGUCCUCACGUGUCUCAGCCUGCAUUGGGUCAACGACUUGCCGGGCAUAUUGCGACAUGUUUUUCGUGCUCUGAAAAGCGAUGGCUGUUUCCUUGGUGUUAUGUCAGCCUCCGAUACUCUGUUCGAACUCCGUCUAUCGCUUCAGUUGGCCGAAGUGGAGCGAUUGGGUGGUUUCGCACCUCACGUUAGCCCCUUCGCUGAUAAUGUGGAUAUGGGUGAGCUACUCCAUCGGGCUGGAUUCAAUCUCAUCACAUUGGACGUAGAGGAGCUUGUGGUACACUACCCGAACAUGUUCUGUCUGAUGGACGACUUGCGUGGGAUGGGUGAAUCAAACGCCAUAGCGGAUCGACCCAUCCACAUUCAUCGUGAUGUUCUUUUGGCUGCGUCGGCUAUUUAUGAUGAGAAAUUUGGCGUUUCACGAGAAGGUGGGGAUCCCGGUGAACGUUGUAUUCCGGCAACCUAUCGCUUACUCUACUUUAUUGGAUGGAAACCACAUCCGUCUCAACGACAACCUUUGUCUCCUGGAAGCGCCAAAUUUUCACUCAAAGACAUCCAUCGUGUGGACGAGUUACAGAAGGAAUUGGAAGAACGAAUGAAGAACUCGGGCGAUAUCUCGUCGCAGCCACCGGAUAAAAGGUGAUCAUGUACCUAGAACUUUGUUAUUUCAACCGAUGAAUACGGG